GGUAUCAAGAGCCGUAAGUGAUUUUUUUUUCUGGUCGCUGUUACGAUUCGCUCAUUCCUCCUUCUUCUCGAUUAUGACUUACACGAUUGUGUUUAUGCUGCCAUUCAAGUAAGAAGGUUUCACACUUCUCAAUAAAAUUAAUCACGUCUGCUUCCUGUUUUUCUCUCCAUCGACCCGUACCCUCUGUCCAAAAUCGAUUCCGCUGCAUUAACAAGUACAAGUUGUCCGUUGAAAGGGUUCUUCUACGGUACAUAUUACUACAAUCCUUCUACCUGCGGUAAGUUCUCUGGUAUUUGUUUCGUUUUUUAUUUCACACGUUUCUUUGAUUUUCCGGCAUCAUGUCUUCUCCUGCAAACACCUCUACCGUGUCACCUCCUGCCCAACAACUUGUAUAUGCGGUUACAAAUGUCUAUAAUCAAUUUAGUUUCAAAUUAACUGCGGAUGGAUCAAAAUACAAAUUAUGGUGUCGCAUUUUUCAAGAUAUAUGUAAAGGUGCUAAGGUUCUAGGUCACAUCAAUGGCAAAUCCAAGCCCUCAAGAGAAGAUGAUGAAGAUUGGGAGUCAAUCGACUCACGUGUGAAGUCGUGGUUCUAUUCCACUUGUGAUCCAACUGUUUUGCAGAUUAUUUCUAGCGACAAUUGCACUGUUAAGGACUUAUGGGACAACUUACAUGAGUUUUUUCUCAAUAACAAAAUGCCACGAAUGCUCCAAUUGCAAGAACAAUUCCGCAAUACAAAAAAAGACGCCUCGUCAAUUACCAAAUAUUGUCACAAUCUCAAACAUAUUGCUGACGCCUUAGCCGAUGUUAACUCAGAAAUUACUGAACUGGAACUUGUCAUGCAAAUCUUACGUGGUCUCGCGGCGUCGUAUCAUAGCAUCGUCGAUGUUGUCACUAAUACUAAGCCUUUUCCGUCAUUCUUGGAAGCUAAGAAUAUGCUUUUACUACAUGAAACCCGCGAAGUGAAUGAAGAUCAACUGACUGAUCAAUCCAUCCCGGCUAAUACAGCUCUUUAUUCCGUUUCUCAACAAUCCGGAAAAUCGAAAAACAAAUGGAAUAAAAAUCGUAAUAAUAACCGGGCUACUUCCAAGGGGGUGGUAAUUCUAGCAUAUCUACUAGUACUAACCAAUUUGCAGGUACAAAUCCGGGUCAAAAUUCUCAAUUUGCAGGAAUUAUGGGGCCAAAUCCGAAUGCAAAUAAUCAAGCUUUACAAAAUCAAUCUCAAACAUUUUUUUAUGGUGCCCCUGGAAUUCUCGGCAACUCUUUUGUGCAUCCAUAUUAUGCAUACAACACAAUCCCAAUUAGUCCCCAACAACAAAUGCAAAGUCCACAUGCACCUGUCCAAGCCCAACAAGUCCACCAACUACAACACGUGUUGAAUCAGCAGCCCAUUGCUGCCUUUAGGCCAGCAGCGCAUCCAUCUCCUAUUUUUUGGACAACCCACUGUUCCGCAGUCCAGGCCUACUAGCGCUGGAUUUUCAAAUCAACCCACUGCAAAUUUUUUUGGUACACAGGUUACCGCACCGCAACAACCGACUGAUCUAGCGUCCAUUUUUCAAGCGAUGUCGCUUCAACCACCACAAGAUAACCAAUUUUACAUGGACACGGGUGCUUCUUCUCACAUGUCGUUUAACCAAGGAUCUUAAUUCAGGUACUCUUCUCCAACGAUGCGACAGUGUUGGUGAUUUAUAUCCAUUUCUUCCUACUCGCACCUCUUCUGUCCCGGCUAAAGCUCUUGUUGCGGUGUCUCUUCCUACAUGGCAUCGUUGUCUAGGACAUCCCGGUUCCUCUGUUCUUCGUUUCCUGCAUUCUCGAAAUUUUAUUUCUAGCAACUCAAAUAAAAUCCCAACUUGUCAUGCUUGUCAAGUUGGAAAACAUUGUCGUUUACCUUUUACGUCUUCCACAACUAAAACAUCUCAUGUGUUUGAACUUAUUCAUUCUGAUUUAUGGACAUCUCCGGUUACUAGUUGAAGUGGAUUUAAAUAUUACAUAUUGUUCCUUGAU